AUGAAUCAGCUCAAGGUCAACAUUACUGCCGAACGAUUGAAGGAAGCUCUUGCAGGUGUUGAUGACGCAAAUAAAGCAAGACAGCGUCAGGAUGACGAACAAUGCUACCCAUCCGGACUGACGGAGCCAAGCAAGCACGCAAACUAUUUCGUCAGUUCCAGAAGGUACUACCAGAAGUAUUUGGAACCAAGAGAGGCCCAACCAUCACCAGGUGAGGAUCCAACAGCAAUGUCUCGGAUGGCAUCCGAACAGGUGCCGUUGCCCCAUCCUGCACCGGAUGGUAAACCAGAGGAUGCCCCAGAGUCUGGAAGUGAUUUGAAGAUUGCGGAUUUCACAGUCUGGAUGAACAAAGCAGAAGCUGCUUCACUUGAGGCCAUAGAUCAAGUGCAGCAGAGCUUUAAGCCAUCCUUUUAUAAGUAUAAUAAGUUGGAGAAGGCUAAACAUGAUAUCACUAAGCUGAAGACGUGGAAAGAACAGAGUGUGAUAAUCGUUCACCUGUUCUCGAUGAAUCCUCGACCGAAGCUACCGGUAUCAAUCAUGGUACCACAGGAAGAAGGAACGCCGGUGUCCCACUACUUAUUGGAGUUGGACACACACAUGUCACGGGUUCAAUCCCAGGAGAGGUCACCUGAUAAGCUAACCAUUCGUGCUCAGAAGAAGGUUGUAGCUAGUGCUACCGGAAGAUCACGUAAUGGUCGAGACCCUCAGUCAGCAGCUGGAGGUCAUAAAGGGGACAAAGGUGGAGACAAAGGUGGAGACAAAGGUGGAGACAAAGGUGGUCAGAAGAACUCGCAUACGCAUGGUUCUUAUGGCAACAAGAACAAUGACAACACUAAAAUUAACCCGACAGCCAAGGUUGGACAGCCGGCAGUACCCCCUAAGCCACGGCAUAAGGAGGUGAAGAACUGUAGUGAGGUUGAUUGCAAUUGA